AAAAUACUUUCCGCCCCUUUCCCAUCCAGAUGGAGGGAAAUGUACGCAUUAUAGCAGCUGCUUUAAUAUUCGCUUCUGUGAAUUUGCGAGGUGUCGUACAAACCUUCCUUUAUAAUAAUCGGUAUGAAGGAGAUCAAGUAAUUCGAUUAAUUCCAAAAACUGAACAGGAAGUGGAAGCGCUAAAAACCAUCAGUGAACAGGUCAAAGUGGAUUUAUGGCAACCUAGCAGUAUUGCUUCUUUUAAACCUGGUGGUGUAGUGGAUAUACAUGUACCUAGUAACAGCUCACAACAGUUCUUCCAGUUGCUUCUUCAAACUGGCAUUACACUUAAGAUCCUUGUUUCUGACCUUCAAGAACUAAUGGAGAAGCAGAGUGGCUCCAGUACUCGAUGCCGCCGGUCCAAUCCUGUCUACAACUAUGAAGUCUAUCAUACUUUAGAAGAGAUACAAAAUUGGAUGCUUCAGAUGAAUCAAACCCAUUCUCAACUCCUUUAUCUUUCCUCAAUUGGAAAUUCAUAUGAAGGGAGACCUCUCUUUGUUCUUCAGUUAGGCAAGAGAUCACAUCCUUUCAAGAAAGCAGUGUGGAUAGAUUGUGGCAUUCAUGCCAGAGAAUGGAUUGGCCCAGCCUUUUGUCAAUGGUUUGUCAAAGAAGCUGUAGAAACAUACCACAGUGAUCCUGUAAUGAGAAGACUUCUAAAUCAACUCUAUUUCUACAUCAUGCCUGUUUUUAAUGUAGAUGGGUACCAUUAUAGCUGGACAAAGGAUCGAUUCUGGAGAAAAACACGUUCUAACACUACUUAUUUCAAUUGCCAUGGUGUUGACGCCAAUCGUAAUUGGAAGAUCAAAUGGUGCAGUGAAGGCGCAUCAUUGCAUCCUUGUGCUGAUACAUACUGUGGACCCAUGCCAGAAUCUGAGCCAGAAGUAAAGGCAGUUGCGACCUUCCUACGUAAAAACAAGAAACAAGUUAAAGCAUAUUCAUUCCAUUCAUAUUCACAAAUGCUCCUAUACCCUAUUUCCUAUAGGGAUGCAAAUCCUAAUUUUAAUUGUGUGGAAUCUGCAGCAUUCAAAGCUGUCAAUGCUCUUCAGUCUGUGUACGGUAUCAAAUACAAACAUGGGCCGGCAUCUAGCACUUUGUAUGUCACUUCUGGUAGUUCUAUCGAUUGGGCCUAUAAACAUGGGAUUCCUUAUGCGUUUGCAUUUGAACUACGAGAUACUGGAUAUUAUGGAUUUUUGCUGCCAGAAUCUUUAAUUAAACCCACAUGUACAGAGACGACAUUAGCCAUCAAAAAUAUUACAAACCAUCUCCUAAAAAAAUGCCCAUUGAACUGAGGAACAAUUUAUCAUCACAUGAUUUGAUU